CCGAAUGAUCCGAAGUUCAUCCAGCUCCGGUUCCACUUCCCUAACGCCGUUUCCGAGGAGCUGAAGUUGCCAGGAUCUUGCUGCAGAGCCACAUGGAGUGCUUCAGUAUCUGAGGAGGGAAGAAUGCUGCUGAACAUUGUUUAGUCUAGUGGUGAUUGUAAUCUUAGCUCGGGGCAAAUGUGCCCUUUCUACAUGCAGCACUCGCUAUCUGGUGGCCAUGACAACGUCAGAUCUACUGUUCAUUGUUGUUUAUAUCAUCCUUCGCCGAUUUCAACUUUAUUAUUAUCCACCGUGUUUCCUGCAAAUCACUCCCGUUUGUACCGUUCUCUAUGUCCUCAGCCGCUUGAGCAUUGAUUGUUCUGCGUGGUUCACCGUUGCUUUUUCCUUUGAUCGAUUUGUCGCCAUUUGUUUUCAUGAGAUGAAAACUAAGUAUUGCACAGGGAAAACUGCAACCAGGGUUCUAGCAACAAUCUGCAUCUUCUUUUGUUUAAAGAACAUUCCCAACUCCUUUGUGUAUAAACCUGGAAAGAUGGUCAACAAUGUUCCAAGAUACUGUUAUUUCAGGCCUGGUUAUUUUAAUGACCCUCGGUGGACAAGUUUUAAAUAUUUUCAGACUUUUUUAACACCACUGUUCCCAUUCAUUUUUAUUCUCUUUAUCAACAUUCUGACUGUCAGACAUAUCUUCGAGGCCAUUAAGGUGCGGAAGGAACUGAGAGGUCAGAGAAAAACAGAGAAUGAUCCAGAGAUUGGAUACAUGCUGAGGAACUUAAGUUGCUGCACAAAUGCCCUUAUUUAUGUGGUGACACAGAAACAUUUCAGAGACCAGUUAAAGUACGCCGUGACAUAUCCAGUGAUAACAAUAAUUCAAUUGGUGAAUAAAUCCAACAUUAGGGGCAGCAGAGAACAGAACGAGGAGUCCACGUGAGGAAUGGACCGAAAGGAGAAGGAGGAGCAGCAACAUGAUAACACUCCUUUCUUCAUGGGCAAGGAAUGACUCCAUCUGAGGAGCAAAAUGAAAGAGACUGGAGGUGUAAAGCCAGUGUAAAGUGCUGUUGCAAAUUGCAAAAAUUUCGUAGGAAGUGGGACAACAAAAGCAAAACCAAAAGAGAAAUUAAAUGUACACAAAUGCUACAUUUAUCCCAAGUAAUCCGUUCUCAGUGAGUGAAGUGGGGAGAAAAAUAAAUGGUAUGGAGUUAGGUGUAAUUGUUCACUGCAGGCCAGAGAUGGAAAUGCAACGACAGGCUCCUGUCCACUCUUCCU